CCGAGGAAUUGAGCAGUUGGGAAACGGACGCUGUUGCCGAAGCUCUCAGCUCUCAGCUCUCAUUUCUGUUUACUUCUCGGUUACGGUUCAGUGUAAGAACGGUUUUCGGAGAGUGCACAUCUUUCUUAAUAUUAUUUAAGCCUUCCGUCCAGUUACAACAACUGUUGUAUUUAGACUUAACAACUAUAUAAUAUUAAUAAACUUAAAAGAAAUACUUUUAGUUACUCAGUUGACAAAAUAUUAAGUUUGUUAAGUUUUGUUUAUUCCGAAAUUUUAUUUCGUUUUGUCACAGUGGCUUUAAACAUCCAAGCUGGAUUCCAACAAGCAGUUUACGUCGCGAUUACAUCGCGGCUAUCGACAGCUUAAGAAAUUCUUCAAGCGUGUCGUGAACCAGACGCUGAGUGUUUCGACACAACCCGCGGUAACGGUGGAGGGCCCGGUGUCUAAAAUGUCUCCACCAACAAACGACGUCACCAGCGUGGUGGCGGCGGCGCCGCCUGACAAUCUUCCGAGAGUCGUCCCCCCAGCCAACCCGGCCAACCCAACCAACCCAACUAACCCAACUAACCCAACUAACCCAACUAACCCAACCAACCCAACCAACCCAGCCAUCAACACCCUCCAGAACCACAAGCGUACGGCCAAUGACUUUAUUUUUGGUAAAGUUGUAGGUGAAGGCAGUUUUUCCACCGUCUAUAUCGCCAAAGACAUCCACACAAACCGCGAGUACGCGAUAAAGGUCUGCGAGAAGCGGCACAUCAUUAAAGAGAAGAAGACUGAGUACGUUAAACGCGAGAAAGAAGUGUUAAAUAUGCUCGCGGGAGCCCGGCACUCAUUUGUAAGACUCUUCUGCACCUUCCAGGACAUCGACAGACUGUACUUUGUGCUCUCCUACGCCAAGAACGGUGAGCUUCUUCCUUACAUCAACAAAGUUGGCUCCUUUGACAUCGAGUGCACCAAAUUCUACUCUGCGGAAAUCCUCCGGGGCUUGGAGUACCUCCACGGGUUGGGAAUCAUCCACCGGGAUCUCAAGCCUGAGAAUAUCUUGCUGGACGAGAAAAUGCAUAUUCUGAUCACGGACUUUGGCAGCGCCAAGAUCCUCAAAGAGGACCCGGAACAAUUAAACACUUCUACAAAGACAAUCUCCUCUAGAAGUUGUUCUGAGUCUGAUCAAGAGCGACCUCACCGACGGGAACGGAGAAAUUCUUUUGUAGGAACUGCCCAGUACGUGUCACCUGAGAUCCUGACCGACAAACCGGCCUCGAGAGCAUCAGAUCUCUGGGCUCUCGGCUGCAUAAUCUACCAGAUGGUCUCUGGACUCCCGCCGUUUUAUUCAAAGAGCGAGUACUUGAUUUUCCAGCAGAUCCUCAAGCUAGAUUACGAAAUUCCUGAUGGGUUCUGUCCCCUGGCCAAGUCUCUGGUCAGCCAGCUUUUGAUGAUAAACCAGACUGAAAGACUUGGAGCCCUGGAUGAACACGGGUCAGGAUAUCCGAGCAUCAGAGCUCAUCCCUUCUUUGAGGGUGUAGAUUUUGAGACUCUCCACGAACAAGUUCCUCCGUCUAUUUAUCCAUAUCUCCCUGGAACAUCAGAACACGAGGAGAUGCGCUCUCACUACCGGGUUCCUGACCACCUGGAACCCGGACUGGAUGACAAGCAGCUCACGAGGUUGCUCGGACUUGGAAUAGGUCAAGAAACUCCGGAAAAACCAGCUCCGGUUAUCUCUGUGGUAAAGAAGCCCAAACAGAAAGCCUCCAGUAUUGUUGAUUUAACACCCGGAGAGUUUCAGAGUAGAUUGGAACUCCAGAGAACGACCAAUCAGUGGCAUCCUUUUGUCGAUCAUCAGGUUAUCUUGAAACAAGGGUUCAUUAACAAGCGUAAGGGAUUGUUUGCCAGAAGGAGAAUGCUCUUGCUUACUACUGGACCACACUUGUUUUAUGUCGAUCCUUUUAAUAUGGUUCUCAAGGGCGAGAUUCCUUGGAGCAAGGAACUCAGGGUGGAGCCUAAGAACUUUAAGAUCUUCUUCGUUCACACGCCUGACAGAACGUACUAUCUCGAAGACCCAGAAGGAUUCGCCCUGGAGUGGUGCCGAGUUAUCGAAGAAAUGCGCGUUCACUACUACGGACUUCAGGAGAGUAAAAAAUCCCAUUAAUUAUU